AUGAUUGAUGCUAGAGACGGCACGAUCAACUGUUCUCUGCUGGGCGCUGAACAACGAUCUGAUGGAAACGAGUCGGCUCGUGUCGAACCGCCUCGAGCAGCGACAGCAGCAGACGCUCUUGCGCAGCACCGGAUGCGUGCGGUCCGAAAUCGAAGCCCCUGCUCCAUCGGCCGUCUUGCGUCCUCACCAGCGCUCUGGGCUUUCGCGCUUGUGCACGUCUUCGCCCUGAAAGGCGUGGUUCAGAUAGGAUUUGGUGUUCAGAGCCGAGCACUCCUGCUGUGUCUCGCGACCUACCUGGUGCGCAUGCUGGGGAUCACGGUCGGGUACCACCGCUAUUUCUCACAUCGCUCAUUCAAAACUUCACGGCCGUUCCAGUUUGUGUUGGCCUGGCUUGGGGCAUCGUCCUGCCAGAAAGGCGUUUUAUGGUGGGCGUCGUGGCACCGCCACCACCAUCAGCACGCGGAUAGCGAAGAGGAUGCGCACUCACCCGUCCACUUAGGUUUCUGGUGGAGCCACUUUGGCUGGUUUUUGCUCAGCGAUGCGCACACCGAGGUGCUUGCGUCGCUCGUACCCGACCUGAUGCAGUAUCCGGAGCUCGUAUGGCUGGAGAAAUGGCACCUUGUUCCGGGUGCGGUUCUUGCCCUUGCGUGCUAUUGGCUCUUCGGCGGAUACCAGGCCUUUGUGUACGGUUUUCUGGUUUCCACAGUGGCACUCUGGCACGCAACGUUCACCAUCAACUCCUUAUCGCAUAUAUACGGAAGCCGCCGUUUUAUAUGCGAGUUCCGUGGCGACUGUAACGCGCGCAACAAUCUGUGGCUGGCGCUGAUCACGCUCGGCGAAGGGUGGCACAAUAAUCACCACAGCUUCAUGGGCAGUGCUCGGCAGGGCUUUUACUGGUAUGAAUUCGAUCCAUCGUAUUGGCUUAUUCGCCUUCUGGCCCUGCUUCGUGUGGUGAAAAAGGUGCGCGAGCCACCGCUGGAACAAUUGGAGCGGAAGCGACUACCAGCGGAGUGUCGCCGAUGGGAUAUCUGUUCGUGUGUCCUCAGGCAAUUCUGUACAGAAACGCCUCCUGGGUCCGCACAUUUACCGAGAGUUGGACGUAAUGCAUGCCAGGGAUCGGAAAGCGAUACGCUGGCUGACGCUUUGCAUGUCUUGAAGGCAGCAACCGAGUGGAAAGCGCCCGUAGCACCUGAGCUUCCGCAAAUUAUCGGCAUGUCCUGGCCCGAACACGCUCACUAA